AUGGCGGAGCUCUUGCUAGACCCAGACAUUCGUCUCUGGGUCAUUGUACCAAUAGUUAUAAUCAGUCUUCUUGUUGGUGUUACGAGACAUUAUGUAAUCGUUCUUUUACAACGUGAGAAGAAAAUCACAAUGGUUCAAGUAAAAGACAGUCAGGCUCUACUGAGAAGUCAACGUCUUCGGGCGUGCGGCGGUUUUCUUCCACAACAGGGUUUCUUGAUGCGAAAGCAGUAUUUUAACGACGAAGAAAAAGGAUAUUUUAAAUCGGAGAAAAGGGAUAGUGCACCCCCAAAUCCCAUGAGCGAUCCAACCAUGAUGGUUGACAUGUUGAAGGGCAAUCUCACAAACAUCGUUCCCAUGAUGGUGAUUGGAGGUUGGAUAAAUUGGACUUUCUCUGGAUUUGUUGCAACUAAAGUUCCGUUUCCUCUUACAACUCGUUUCAAGCCAAUGCUGCAGAGAGGUGUACAACUAACGACACUGGAUGCUUCUUGGGUCAGUUCAGCAUCAUGGUACUUCUUGAACUUUUUUGGUCUACGGAGUGUCUUUGGUCUUAUUUUAGGAGACAAUAACGCUGCUGAUCAGUCACAGAUGAUGAUGGGUAUGGGUGCAAUGCCUGAAGUCGCCCAAGAUCCUGCCAAAGCACUCAAGAGGGAAUGGGAAGCAUUGCAGAUUUGCCAUCAUCAGUGGAAAUUGGACACUAUCGAAGAAGACAUCAUUCGUAACUCAACAACUUUGCGUCGCGUACAGCAGAAAGAUAAAAAAGUGUAGUUAGGGAACAUGUAGUAUGAAUAACACGAAUGCAAACUGUUUGUAAAGUAAAGAAUCUUACAACCACGUGA